AUGGGGCUGCUGCCGGCCGGUGCGGAGGCCCUCUGGGGCGCGCUGCUGCUGAUUGCCGGUGCGGUGCUCCUGUGUGAGGCUCUGCGCCGCGUGUCCCGGGCCUGGCUGCGAGGUUUGCCGCAGGAGCUGGCCCUGGAAGCCGUGUCCACCGCGCAGCUGUGCCUCUGUGUGCGGGAGCUGGCGCUGCUGGGAGCCGCCGGGGCCCUGGAGCCUUGGCAGGGCCUCUGCCUCACCUACCUGCAGACCGUGCUGCACUGCCUGACCGCCGGGGCGGACUGUAACCCCUGCGCCAGCCUGCUGCAGUGGCUGCGCGGGGAGGCCCUGGCCCGGGACACGCUGCUGCGGGUGGCGGCUCAGGUGUCGGGGGCCAAGGUGGCGAAACUGACGUCCCCCCUGCUGUGGGGUCUGAGGCUGUCCCCUCUGCACGCCGGACAGGGGCCCUGCCGGAGCCCGCUGACUGUGGGGCCCCUGGCUGGGUUCGGGGUGGAGAUGCUCUGCGCCCUGUGCCUGUACAUCCUGCUGCGGCAGCUGGGCCGGGUGCGGGAGGCCUACAGAGUGCAUGCGGUGGCCCUUCUCAUCACCGGCCUGGUCUGUGCAGGAGGGGGUCUGACCGGAGCCGUGUUCAAUCCGGCGCUCGCCUACUCGGUGCUGUUCCACUGUGACGGAAGCUCCUUCCUGCGGAACGUCUCCGUGUAUUGGCUCGGACCCGUCGUCGGUUUACUUCUCUCGAUCCUGUUGACCGACGGCUGCGUCCCGAAAUUCAGGCGGAAUCUGAAAGCCGAUGGCAAGAAAUCCCAGUAAUCGCCCCGUGGC